UUCCUACAUACCAUAAUGGCGGCAGUUGCUAAGAAGGAACCAAAAAUCAAGCGCGAUCCCGCGAAGAACCCAAUGCGGGAUCUGCACAUCCGAAAGUUGUGCUUGAACAUUUGCGUUGGUGAAUCUGGUGACAGACUCACGCGCGCCGCCAAGGUGUUGGAGCAGCUGACUGGUCAGCAGCCCGUAUUCUCAAAGGCUCGGUACACAGUGCGUUCCUUUGGCAUUCGUCGUAAUGAAAAAAUUGCCGUACACUGCACUGUGCGUGGUGCUAAGGCCGAGGAGAUCUUGGAGCGCGGUCUGAAAGUGCGCGAGUACGAGUUGAGACGCGAUAACUUCUCGGCUACCGGUAACUUUGGUUUUGGUAUCCAGGAACACAUCGAUUUGGGUAUCAAGUAUGAUCCCUCCAUCGGUAUCUAUGGAUUGGACUUCUACGUUGUCCUUGGACGUCCAGGAUACAACGUGGCCCACAGGAAACGCAAAUCUGGCACCGUUGGCUUCCCACACCGCCUGACAAAAGAGGAUGCCAUGAAAUGGUUCCAACAGAAAUACGAUGGCAUUAUUUUGAACAGCAAAAAAUAGAAGCAAUCGUGCGGCAGUUUUUUAAGAUGAGAAAUUCUACAAUAAACGUGACUGAGGUCAGAAGUUA